GAAGCAGCCUUCGCAGCGGGGGGGAGUGUCUCCGCGUUACUUCCUGUCUCACCGACAGGCGAGCCCCGCAGAGAGGAAACCAGACCCACUAGCGCGUCUCGCAGAGGAGUCGGCGGCGCGAUGAUGGACUGACUGAUCGGCUGCGUCGUCGAGACGACAAAACGCUGGAGCAUGAAUGAAGCAGGAUCAGAAAGUAAGGACCACUGCCCCGAGAUUGUGCAUCCAUGUCUGCGGAGCCUCCCUUCAGUCCCACCGCGCCGGCUCUGGUCCAGUUCCAGCUGGGGCUGUUCAGGGAGAUGGUUCGGGUCCCGCCCGGCAACCUGAGCUACCGCCACGCCCGCCGACUGGCGGCCGAGGUCAUAGAGAGAAAGGCUCCAGACUGCAGCGUGGUGGGCUCUGGUGAGAAGAUCCUGUUGUUCAGACACCAACCCGCCUCGGAGCAGCUGCUGCAGCGGCUGACGGACGAGGACGAGCUGCAGGACGGAGACCUGAUCGAGAUCGUCGUCGCAGGAUCAGCCUCUGUGGCCGAGAUGAGGAUGCGUCCACACUCCCUGGUGGUCCAGUCGUACCGGACCCCCACCUUCUGUCACCACUGUGGGGAGAUGCUGUGGGGCCUCGUGCGACAGGGACUAAGAUGUGAAGGAUGCGGUUUAGACUUCCACAAACGCUGCGCCUUCCUGCUGCCCAACGACUGCAGUCGAAUCCGGCGGCAGGUCAGCACCAGCUUCUCCCUGUUCCCGCCUCGGAGGCCUCGCACGCACUCUCUGUCCAGUCAGGCCGGAGGCAGCCUGGAGGAGAUCAGCUUGUCCAAGCCGUUGUCCAGGCCGCCGUCGUGGAACGAGCCGCCCGUCUGGCUCGGGGACAAGAGCAGGCCUCAGGUCCCCCACACCUUCCACAUCCACAGCUACACCAAACCCACAGUGUGCCAGUACUGCCACCGGCUGCUCAAAGGGCUCUUCAGGCAGGGACUGCAGUGCUCAGACUGCAGGUUCAACUGCCACCGGCGAUGCGAGCCUUUAGUCCCCAGAGACUGUCCGGGAGAGAGGAGGGCCGUCAACGGGGACGACUCCUCGGCGGCCGCUCACAGCUUCCCACAGGAUUCAGAGGACGCCGAGUCGGAGCUCGUCAGCUCAACACUAGACACCUCAGAGGACGAGAUGUCCUCCGACGGAGACUCGCUGCCGGAGAUGGUGGAGGUGGAGUUGCUGAGAGAGCCAAUGAGCCCCUGUUUCAGCAGCAACAUCCCCUUGAUGAGGCUCGUCCAGUCGGCGCAUCACACUAAGAGGAGAGCGGCAGGAGUCCUGAGGGAGGGCUGGCUGCUGCACCACACCAACACAGACACACUGAGGAAACGUCAUUACUGGAUCCUGGACUGGAAAACCAUUACUUUGUACCAGAAUGAGAGCAGCACCAAGUACUACAAGGAGAUCCCUCUGUCAGAGGUGCUGCAGGUGCGAGGCCCCGCCCACCUCGCCAUGCCCUCCUUGCCGGGCACCGACCUGCACUCCUUUGAGCUGGUGACGGCCUCGCUGGUGUUCUGUGUGCAAGCCGGUGAAGACGGCGCGGCGUGGGAGAGCGCCAUCUGUCAGGCUCUGAUGCCCGUGCAGAGCAGCAGAGGACCAGGCGAGGAGCACCAAGAUAAAGACCAGCACGGAGUCGGUGUGGACAUCAGCUCGGUGUAUCAGAUCUUUACAGAUGAAGUUCUGGGUUCAGGACAGUUUGGAGUCGUGUACAAAGGUGGGAUCUUGAUGGUUUUUUUUCUCUUACCUGUCUACAGCAGUAAACCCACGGAGUUCCAUUCACCAAAUGAUGUCUCCUCCUCCAGGUACUCACAGGAAGUUGGGCCGUUUGGUCGCCAUCAAAGUCAUCGACAAGACCCGCUUCCCGACCCAACAGGAGAGACAGCUGAGGAACGAAGUGGCCAUUCUGCAGGUGUUUACACUUCUCCAGCCAGUGCUUCACAGCUGGAACGUCUUUUCAGAUUGAGUCAUGGUUGUGUUGUUGCUCAGAAUCUGUCCCACCAUGGAGUUGUGGUGCUGGAAGGGAUGUUUGAAACGUCCAGACAUGUUUUCGUAGUCAUGGAGAAGCUCCACGGAGACAUGCUGGAGAUGAUUCUGUCCAGUGAAAAGGGCCGGCUCCCUGAACGCAUCACUCGGUUCCUGGUUAUACAGAUCCUCGAGGCGCUGCGGUACCUCCACCUGAAACACGUCGCCCACUGCGACCUGAAGCCAGAGAACGUGCUGCUGGUCUCCGCCGACCCCUUCCCUCAGGUGAAGCUGUGCGACUUCGGCUUCGCGCGCAUCAUCGGCGAGAAGUCGUUCCGCCGCUCGGUGGUGGGCACUCCGGCCUACCUGGCCCCCGAGGUGAUCAGCAGCAGCGGCUACAACCGCUCCCUGGACAUGUGGUCCGUGGGCGUCAUCAUGUACGUGAGCCUCAGCGGGACGUUCCCCUUCAACGAGGACGAGGACAUCCGCCAGCAGAUCACCAACGCCGCCUUCAUGUACCCCCGCCAGCCCUGGGCCAACAUCUCACUGGAAGCUGUGAGCCUCAUCAACAACCUGCUGCAGGUGGCUGUGAGACGCAGGUACACCGUGGGAAAAGCUCUGGGGCAUUCCUGGCUGCAGAACUUCCAGUUGUGGUGCGACCUGAGGGAGUUCGAGCUGAGGAUGGGCUGCAGGUAUCUGACGCACGAGGGGGACGAGGAGCACUGGAGUCGCUUCGCUCUGGAAAGAGGCCUGAUGUUUCCCUCCCAUCUCUGCUGGGACUCCAGCAGCGAAAUGGACAUGUGAAUUAAAAAGAAACUAACACAGCUGGAGCUGUUUUUGUAUCGUUUAGACUUUUUUAUUGUUAUUAUUUUAUAUGGACAAAUGAGAGGCUGUGGUAAGUGCUGGUCAUUUAAAUAUAGUUUUAACUAAGCCAUAGACUACUAUUAUAAUUUUUAGAUGAGUCGAAGAGUCUGAAAUCGUGGAAGAAAAACACACAAACUGCUGUUUAAUAAUAUAAUUAUACUUUUUUAUUCCAGCUUUGUUUUUAAAUGUAGCUGUUUGAAUGUGUGGUGUUUUUUUUUUAAGCAUCUGUAAUGAUGGACAGAAAUAACUGAGAAUGAGGGGAGGAGAUGAGAUAAAAACACCUUGAACAUGCA